UCGAGAAAAACAGAAGAGAUGUGGUCUUCAGUUCCAGAAAUUCCAGAAGACGAGACUGAUGAAACCUUGGGGRAAAGGUUAAGCAGCUCAAGAAAAUUUGCCGCAGUAGCAGACCAGACCAAUCUGCUGUCCAAACCCUAAUGACAGAAACAUAUCCCCUACGAAGAAAGGCAGUAAUUGAGCAGCAGUUGGGACUGAAGUCACUUUUUUCAGAAUAUCCUCCUCUGCAGAAAUCACCACAUUAUCACAAGGACAAUGAAAGAUAAUCUAACAGAUAAUUUGUUACCGAAAAUCCUCCAAUAUUGCAAACAAAAGAAAACCGCCAGCCAUAUUCUUAAUGAUAUGGAUGCUGCCAUAAGCCUAGGAGAAAUACCUGAAAAAGAAUGCCAAGAGAGAGCCUCUUUAUAUAUGGUGGCAAACCACAUAUUGAAGAAAGGAGGAGGAAGGAAGGGCAGCUCAAGUGAAUUGCUCCUGAAGCUAGUUAAGGGCGGGGAAAGCAUGGAAGAUAUCAUUAAGAAUACUGUGACACCCACAAUAAUACUUGGAGGAGACAGUAUGUCCCAAAUAGAUGUAAUGUGUGUUGCUGCUGAGAAGGAAGUGAUAUGUGAAAUGUCUGGCAAAGGAAGAAUUGCUGAGGCAGUUGUGUUGCUUGUAUGCGUAUAUUUUGUUUUCAAUUUUGAUUAUUUAAAGAAAUUUGAUGAUUUUUUUCCAAAGCAUUAUGUUGCCAUCUUUAAAUAUUAAACUUCCUGUCUCAGUUUCUCAGUUUUUUGGAGAUAUGCGAAACCUCGCAUAAUGUUUACCUGCAUAAUUUUAUAAACAUGUAAGCAUCCUCAAGUGCAAACAACCAUGAAACUUUAGGGUGACAGUAUGUUCCCAAUCAAUGUAAUGUGUGUUUGCUGCUGAGAAGGAAGUCAUGUGAAAUGUCUGGCAAAGGACGAAUAGCUGUUAUUAUGGAUGCAUGCAAGUAAUGUUCUUUAGUUUCAACAAUCAUAGAAGUGAGGCUAUCGGGUCGAUAACAAUGCUUGUUGUCUCAUUUUUAUGUAUCUGUAAUAAUAGCUGUUGUGAGACAGUGU